AAUCACAUUCACAUAACCAUUUCUACUGUUAUUUUUCAUAUAAAUAGACAGUGAAUAAUGAACUAGGCGGCUAUCUGAUCUGAAUUAUUUCACAAUAAUUUUCUUUUGAAGUACGGUAUGUAUUGAUUGUUACACUGAACCAUGGACUGACUGCGUUUUUUCACCACGUUUAGAAUGCACAGAUCAACACGUUGGUCACUGGAUUGAUGUUAGUUGUUCCAAUAAGUUAGGCAAUGAGUCCUGCAGUGUAGGCAUUGUAUAAACGUUUGUGAAUGCAUUAUCUGAUCGUUCAAUAUCGAAUAUCAGUGGAGUUGCAGAUACAAAGAUAUCGUUUUAUAUGUGAUUACAAGGAAUUAGCGUGUUGAAACAUCAGAAAUCAGUUGGAUUCAGUCAAAAAAUCUGUCAGUUCCAUUGAGUAAAAUUGAAUGACGCCUAUUGAAUGAGUUAUAUUCAAAAUAAAAUGACGUUUAAAAGUAUGCAGGAAUUUUUCAAAUAGCUUAAAUCAUAUAUACUCACUUCCUCACCUAGUGAUAAUGAAAUUUUCCAGAUGCUCACGUACCGUUUGAGAGCCGAUGUUACUGCACACUGAAUUUAGCGAGCUGAAAUACAAUCUCAACAGCAAUUGGCUGAAUGUUGAGUGCUCAGCCAUCCCUAUAUCACAUACAUAUCAAAAACAGAACACAAAUCAGACCUAUUUAUAUCACAUUAUUCAAAUGCUUUCGAAUCAUUCUACACACCGAACAGCAGUUCAUCUUUCUUUCAGGAUGGUACUAACUGACAACGACUCAAACAAAUCAUCUUUCCGUAAAUCUGAGGAGACUUUAUAUGCAACAAAUGAAGAGUCAUUUGUGAUAAACUGUGAUCAGAAAAUACAGAAAAAUUUCGUCAACAUUUCGAAAUAUGACAAACGUGUGAUUGUGUUCUCUAUCAUACUCAUUAUAAUUGCAAUAAUCAUCGUUAUAGCCCCACACUUCUUUGGGUCGUACGACUUGAAUCCUGUUGUUCACUUUAUAAUGACUAUGGUAUUUUGCGUGUUAGCCAUAGCCAGUGGAUAUCUUAUCGUAAUUUCUACAUAUUUCAGAGAAAAACUGAUUACUGCUUUAAUUACUCUUCUCAUUUAUGGAAUAUGUUGCUCUAUUUGUCUGUCCAUUUUCUUUACCAGUGCUACACUUGUGGAUGUUAUUCUGGGUUGGGUUGCAGCUGUUGUCAUAUGUGCAUGUGGAGUAUUUUUAGGGGCAAUGAUAAAGAAAGAUUUGAUUAAGAAAUUCGACGCCUUCCUGUUAGUGUGUGUUGUGAUUUUUGUUCUGACAGGCAUUGCCAUGGGAGUACUAAUUGCUUUCAAAAAAGUCAUGGUUGCUGUUAUCAUCGCUGGAAUAGGAAUGUUUAUAGAAGCGUUUCUGGUGUCAGUUAUGGUUGGACAAUUGAUCUUCAAAUCUGGUCACUUGCAUAUUCGUGAUGAUUGGUCUAUGGGUGUACUGGGCAUGUUUUCACUAGUUAUCACAGUGUUUGUAAUAGCAGAGGUGGCCAUCUACUGUUUCAGAAUCAUGAUGUAAUUUACGUAACGGAAGAAUUCUUUAAGCAAUUGUGUUUAUUACAGUUAACCAGUGAAUAGAUAAAUCAUCUAUGGAAUUCAUAACAGCUUGUGUUCUUCAUUUUCUUAUUCUUUAUCAAUAACAUACAUUGCAGUGUGGAUUCCUUCUAUGCCCCAACUUAAACAGCCUUCAUAAUCUUCAGGAAUGAUUCGAUCACUGGGGUUAUUUAUAUUUUGAUGUAUGUUGACGAUAGCCUUGUAAUAUGUAACCACGAUAAAGACGUUUGACCAGUUUAUGAAGAAAAAUUAC